AUGUCUUCCAAAAAAGGCGGAGUAUCACUACCAGACCGCCCCGGCGCCGGAGACGGUAUCCUAUCUAGGGUUUCAUCAUCACCAAUCGUCUACCAAGGAAAACGCGCCGCAUCCGAUGCCGCCUUCGUAGCCAAAAAACUCCUCAAAAGCACCGGUAAAGCUGCUUGGAUUGCCGGAACUACUUUCCUGAUACUCGUCGUUCCGCUUAUUAUUGAAAUGGAUAGGGAUGCUCAGCUUACUGAGCUUGAGAUGCAACAAGCUAGCUUGUUGGGUACACCUCCUCCUGCAGGUGCAAAGUGAGUUCAAAUUUAGGGUUUUAAUGACCUUACAAUAAGAUGAUAUGAUGUUAUGGAAUUUCUUCAAUUUUAGGGUUUUGCAAUUUCUUCAAUGUGAUGGAUUUAUAAUCUUUGAGUCUUCAUUAUGUAACGAAUCUUAUCUUGGCAAUUACUUUCU